GAUGAUGUCAGAUCCCAGCGAGCAUUUUUCAGAUCCUGCUGUGGUCUGCCUGUAGUAAAAGCAUGAAUGGUGUGUGUAGGUUACAGCAGGCCAGAGCUGCCUGAGCUUUCUAAAAGUCCCCUGGGGCCAGAUCACUUCUGUAACCUUCUCCUGAAAGACAUUGAUCAUUAAUAUUCUGCAACAGAAACCCCCUGAUCACAGAAGCGAGGAGCUCUUUGUAGUAAUUCCAUGGACAACACAACUUCCCUAUAGAAUGAUAAGGAAGCUUUACACGUGGGAAUCCGGGAUCUGUGAUAGACGUCGGCUUCACAAUGACUGCGAGUACAAUGGAUGUUUUGGAGGAAGAGCUGAAGUGCCCGAUCUGUCACUGUGUCUUUGAGGACCCUCGAGUUUUACCUUGCUCACAUAACUUCUGUAAGAAAUGCUUAGAAGGUGUCCUCGAAGGCAAUUCUAGGCACGUGCUAUGGAGACCUUCCAGCUUUAAAUGUCCUACCUGUCGUAAAGAAAUUUCAACAAUGGGUGGCAACAGCCAUCAGGUUAACUAUGUGCUAAAAGGAAUUGUGGAGAAAUAUAACAAGAUUAAAGCCACUCCAACUAUGCCAAUAUGUAAGGAUCACAAUGGACAACCCCUGAAUAUCUUCUGCUCCACAGACCUUAAACUAAUCUGUGGGUUCUGUGCUACCAGUGAAGAGCACAAAGACCACGUCUUCUCCUCCUUUGACGAUGCCUAUAGUCAGGAAAAGCGUUCUUUGGAAACCUUGUGCCAUGGGAUUGAAAACUGGCGAAACAUGGACAUCCAAACCCACUUGACUAUAUUGGAGACCAGCAAGAGGGAAUCUCUUCAGCUGCUGGCAAAGGAUUCGGACAAAGUGAAGUCUUAUUUUGAAAAGCUGCAGCAUGUGCUAGAGCAGAAGAAAAAUGAAAUCCUCUCCGAUUUUGAAACCAUGAAACUUGAAGUCAUGCAAGCUUAUGAUCCAGAGAUCAACAAGGUGAACUCCAUUAUGAAUGAGAAGAAGAAGGCUUGCGACAUUGCUGAGGAUUUUAAGAACAUCACAGAUCCAUUUCUUUUUCUUCAGAAAAUGGAGGAGUUUCGAGAAAAAGUUCAGCGUAUUAAAGCUCCCUUGCCAUCUCCAGCAGAUAUCGCCGCCAUUUCUUGUAUGAAAAACUUUGAUACCAGCAUGUGGGAUAGCAUCAGACUCAUAGAUGUUGACAAACUUGGUUUACCACAGAAGGGACCCGCCAAACCUCAACAAGUUCACCUGAAGUUCCCCUUCUCCGCUAGAGCUGGAUCUGCGGCACUUCUGCUUUUGGUCUUGGUGUUGGUGGCUCUUUACUUUGCUCUAUAUAUCGACUUUACUCAGUUCGCUGAUAGGUACCUGCAGCCUACAUUCGUCUACUUAUCAGAAGCAUCAACUCUGAUUGCAGAGAAAGCCGACAUUUACAAGGACCUGAUUAUAGAACAGAUGUAUCUACUUGGCGAAAACAUCCAUAAAUAUUCCACAAUGUUACUGGAGCAAGUUGCAUUUUAUAUCUGUAAAUACAGACUGUAACAUUUAUUGCAGUUAUGCCGCGUACACGCGAUUUUUUUUCGGCAUGAAAAAAAACAACGGGCCAUAUUCUGAGUAUA